CGACUCUGAUGACUUUCCUCACUGUUAUUCAAGCAAUCUUUACCUGAGAACCUAAUCUCAAUCGUUGCCUAACCCGUGUCCCAACUGUUGGGGCCCAACAUGCAACGAGAGGAGGAGCGACCGCCCGCGCCUCUUGACUGGGACAAACACAAAGAUGAAAUCCUCGAAUUAUAUGUGUCUCAAAACAAGAAGCUACCCGACGUGAAGAAGCAUAUGAGCUUGACCCAUAACUUCAAAGUGAUGAGUGGACCUACAUUGGUGAUGAAUUCCAACGCCGCACCGAACAGGGCAAGCAGACCGUCGUGUGUCUUCAUGGCCGGCCAUUACCCCUGGCGCGUGUUAGUCGCGGGAUUGCUCGUGCCCGAAAGACUAAAUCUCGGUCAACAGCACAAUCUUCGGCAUGUAAGUUUGCGCGUGGUGAUACAAUGUUAGCUAACGUGGCACCAAAUUGCUUACCAACCUU